CCGCUGUAUAUGUACCUAAUUUCAGCUUCGGUUCUGAAAAGGAGCUCAAGAAGCAGAAACAUAAGCGCUCCAAUCUCCCCGUCUCCCAAAUUUCUCCCUCUUCCUGUAGCAUGCCAGCGGGCUAUUGCAGUUCAUCGCGAUGGCAAACCCUAGGCGGAUCAGCAUCCAGCUACACAACCACCACUCCACCAUUCCUCUCUCCAAUCACUCUCCACCGCCCGCAGUGGCCUUUCUCUCCUCCAUCGCCGCCUUCCUGAAAAGGCCCUCCGCUUUUCCCUUCGUCCUCUCUCUCUUCCUAGUCCUCACCUGGCUCUGCCUUCGCGUUCAGCGAACUCCUGGUUCCGCUUCGUUGCGUUUCCGAGCACAAUCGCAGAGCGGGCGUGACGCAGACGCUGAUGCCAAUAUCGCUCGGUUCAGCGCACCUUCGCUGAUUUCAAAUGAUCGGCGAGGUUGGAUUUUGAAUCCCAUCGGUGUGGCCCUCGAUAAGGGCAUCCACGGUGGCGCUCAGAUCUGCAAGUCAAUUCAUGCAGGUGAGAUUCGGCCGGGUGCCUUUAGGGGAAAUCACAGACAUCAUACCUGCAAUGAGACAUUUCUCAUUUGGGGAGCCGAAACAAAGUUUAGGCUGGAGAAUCCACACAUUGAAGGGAAGGGCUAUGCAGAAGUAAGCAUCGGCGCUGUUGAGGUCGCCAUUGCCGCAAGCCCAAGCGGUACUGCACAUGCCCUUAUCAAUAACGAUCCUGUAAGACCAACCUUCUUCCUUGGUUGUCAGGACAGCAUCAUUGAUAAUAACAGUUCCACUACUGACUACAAAGUUUGGGAAGAUCUUUUGACAUCAUAGCUUUGGUCUAUCGAUCAAUUUCUUUAAAAUGGGUGAGUAAGUCAUAUAGGAGAUUUUGUGAUUUUUUUUUUAGGAUCUUGAUAAUAACUUCUAAGAUCUUUAUCAAUUAAGGUUUUGUUGGGAUGACUUUUUUGUUGUUUCUUAAAGCAGUUUUUUAGUACAAAUAUUUUAAUUUUUGUAUUAAAAAGCUCCUUUAAAAAUCAACGAAAAAAGUCA